GAGGGAAGGGUGGGGCCAAAGAAACAUAGAAGUCUGGCCGGCCAGCCAGUGCACAUUGUAGCACGCCCGAACGUGCCAGAGGGCACGGUGGCGGACUUCCGCGACACCAGCGGCGAGUUCAGUGUAACGGUGGCGGGCAUGUUGGUGUUCCUCACUUUCUCGGUUGUGCCGUGGUGGUGCGUCAUACUCGAGCUGAAGAUGUCCAAGAUCAAGCACGCGGUCCUGGCGAUCAUGAUGCUCUGCGCCCCUGCAUGCAUCUUCCUGCUGUGGCUCCUGGUGGCAGACUGGCACCGCGCGGCGCCGUGGGUGCUCCCCGCCUCCGUGGCCCUCUCGGCCUCCUGGGUCCUGCUCCUCGCCUGGUCCGCCGUGCAGUGGGGCGGCAGGUGGCCUGUGGCGUGGCGCUACGCCCUCUUCCUCAACGUGCUCCACAAGGAGGUCGCCCCGGCUGGCUUCCAUCCCAGCGCCGCUCGCCGCGGCCUCUUUGGGCAGAGGCCCCGACCACACGCACGGCAGGCUCCUGCGGCGCCGGUGCGCCGGCGACGCCGGCGACGCCGGCGAAGGCGUUCAGGGUUGAGCUCUGCGCCCCCUGUGCGGC